AUUCUUUUCUUUCCUUCUUUCUUUCCUUAUCAUAUCUUUUUUUUUUCAAGUCCAACUACUCUUAUCUGAUAGGCUUUCUCUCUCUCUCUCAUUUUUUAUAUAUAGUAUUUAUUACCAAUGCAACAAAAUCAUCAUGUCAAACGUAAAUGGACAGAAUCCUUUUCUACUUGUGAUCAAGUGAACAAUGACGAUGACUUGAAGAAAGUACAAAGUACAAGGUCGUCUACGUAUGAAGAAGAUAUUGACAAGAAAGACAUGGAGGAAGAUGAUGAAGAAUUGAAAAUCAAACGCAAGGCGCAAAAUAGGGCUGCUCAAAGGGCCUUUCGUGAAAGAAAAGAACGUUAUGUAAAGGAUUUGGAAAUCAAGAUCAAACAAGUACAAGAUAAUCAUAUCUUUGCCACUAAUCAAUUAUUUCAAGAAAAUCAUCACCUUCGAUCUAUUAUCUGUCGAUUAGAAGCUGAAAAUAUUGCUUUGAAAGGUGUUACGCCCUUGGCCAAUUCUAUCAACAAUCACGAUCUCAACCUUUUUUCAUCGUCUUCUCCUCAAUUCAAUACUCUUGGUUUAUUACCUCAACAAAAUUUACUUUUACCUCCUGUUAUGACUGGAUAUCAACCUAUUCAACCUAAUCCUAUUACUAACAAGGAAAACAAGAAAUCAAUCAAUCAACCAAAACCAUUGGCUGCCAAACCUCCCGUAUGUCAACAACAAAUCCAACCUAUCCACAAAUCAAUCAAAACCAAAAAGAAGGAACAAAAUCGAAAACAAAAAAAUCAAAAUCAACAAACCUUACAACCGGAACAGCAGGAGUUUACUUUUUCCAUCACUACACCCGCAACUUUACGUGCCGACACUUUGGAAAAGAAUCCAUCUGUAGAUACUAUUGAAUUAGUUCCUCUUUAUCAUCCUGAUCAUCAUCAUCCUGCUCUUUCUCAAGUCAACGACAAUCCAACAACAGAUUCAUCUCUCUCUUGCGACUCACCUACCUUGACAUCAGCCACGUCUGUUAUUGGAAUGGAUACAACAAUGCCUUCAUUAUCAUUUUUGGAUGGAUACGAUGCAUUUGAAAAGCUCUAUGUUGAUCAAGAUGCUUCAUUAUUUGAUGAUGAUCAUGGUUUAGGAUUAUCUAUGAUUCAAUCUCGACGUAAUUCUGAACAAGAUCAAACAAUGAAGGAUGAGAAAAUGAUCAAAGAACAAAAACCAGGAUCAGCUAGUGAUCGAUUGUUGAUGGAAUCUCAACAUUCAAAUCAAUCUCAAUCUGAACAACAACAACAACAACAACAACAACAACAAGGCCGACGGGCUGGACCGGGUGCAACAACAACUAUAGUGAUGGAAGACGAUGAAAAGACCCCGAUAUGGCAAAAGAUCACCGAACAUGCUCAAAACAACAAAUUCAGUGUGGAUCAUCUUGUGGAAGCUGUACGCAGCACAACAACAUCGAAAAGGAAAAACAAACUUUUGGUGGAUGAAUGGGAAUUGGAGGCCAUGGUACAUGAUUUGAAUUAUUAUCUUUAAUGAUGAUGACAUCUUUCUACUACUACUUUGAUUAUAGCAUACAUCUUUUUUUUUUUUUAGAUUCAUCUUUAUUCCAUUCUUUGUACAUAUAAUAAAAUAAAAAAAAUGCCUAGAUAUUCAUAAUAUC